CUCCUUCAUACAGAUCUGAGAAAAGACUUUCCUUUAUUUUUUUGGUUCUUUCCCCAGAAAAAAAAAAAGUAAAAUUUAUCAAAGUUUUCUGCUUCUAUAUAUGCAUCUAUAGAAGAGUAGGAAUUUUUAUAUUUUGAAGUAUUUGGUGGAGCUAGUGAAUAUGGUUAUGUCUCAGCGGAAGAAUAGAACUCCAAAGUCGAAGUUAAUAAUGAGAAGAGGAAGAAGUAGAAGACGAAGAGGAGUCCAGUUGUUUGCGCCUGAGAUCCCCUUUGAUCUAGUGAUCGAGAUUAUGGCUAGAUUACCUGGUAAAUCGCUGAUGAGGUUCAAGUGCGUUUCAAACCUCUGGUAUUCUCUGAUCCGUUCUCGAUAUUUUAGUAACCUUUAUUAUACGCUCGCGUCUCCACGACGACCCCCUCCUCGUCUGUACAUCACUGUGGUGGACAGGCUCAAGUGUGAUUCAUUGGGGUUCUGCAACAAACCCCACGAGUCUGUAAUGCUAUCAUUGAAACCAUCUGCUAAUAAUAAGUCUUUCGACCUAGAUUUGACAAUGCCAGGGAUGGGAGGACGCGGACGCAACUUGGCAACUCUUCGCGGCUUGAUUAUAUACAAUGUUUGUUCUAAAGGGUGCAUCUAUAAUCCCACCACCAGACAAACCCUAAAGUUACCCGCCGUAAAAUCCACCAUGUAUUCCCAACAACAACGUAUUGAUAGUGUUAAUAGAGUCGUCUACUCUUUGGGACACGACCCUGUUCUUGACCAAUACAAAGUAUUCUGCACUGUUGUGACAGCCGCCAAAAUUUUUAAGCGUAUAACCUCGGAGCAUUGGGUCUUGGUACUAGAAGCUGGAGGUGGUUCCUGGACAAGAGUUCAGUUUGACUUACCUCAUUUUCCUAACGGACUAGGAGUCUGCAUCGAUGGAGUUAUAUAUUAUUUGGCUUUCAUUAGCAGGUCUCGUGAAAUCCUGCUCAGUUUUGACGUUAGGUGUGAAAAGUUAAACAUGAUCCAAGUACCUCAUGUUUUGACUAAAUAUGGCGAAUUUGCGGGUUUGAUACAGUAUGGUCGGAAACCAGCUAUUUUUAAUGUUACCAAUCUUGCACGAAAGGGUUAUGCAGACUUAUGGCUCUUGGAAGAUGCUGGAAACUGGUCGACCAAGUCACUGGUUUUACCGCCUUGUCAGACACAUCUGGUCGAUAACGACAUUCCUUUGACGGUAAGAGGCACAACUCAAAAUGGGGAAGUUAUCUUGGUGCCGAAUGGGUUGGAUUCCCUUUCAUACAUUCUCUUUUAUGAUCUACAAAAGAACGAUUUGAGGAAAAUUAAACUGAAAGGAAUACCGAAGGAGUUUAUUAACUCGUACGUUUAUAUGAAUCUGAUGGAUGAGGGUGAAAACAUAAUGCACUUGGAAAUUUGAAUACCAUUAUUUAUGUUUUUUUUCUUUCUUAAUUCCAAGUUAAGUUUAUGAAUUAAUUAUCCUGUUUUCGCUGUUGAAUAAUACAAUGUAACUAUUUAUUAUGUAAUUUUAAUUUUACUUAUGUUGCAAAACAAAAUAAAACAUUAGUUAAACGUUGUUCUUUU